UGCUUCCAUUUAAAUGCCUGCCCUUUCCCUUUCUUUUGUUCUUUUGCUUUUUUGUUGUACAUUCCAUAUUACUUGCUUCUGAUUUUCAAGGCUAAAAAGAAAGCUCAUUCAAUUCAAUCCAAUUGAUAUCUUAUUACUUUGAUACUUUAUUGCCUUUUCCCUGGAGCUAUCUUAGCUAUACAGCUACCCAGCUACAAAACAUGGCAGCUCAAGUUCUGUCCGCUGCUCCUAUCCCCUCCAUUCACACCCCUCGGCCUAUAAUUCGGACACCCACGCCUUCCUCAUCCAAGCCAAACAGUACUCCUAGUACUCCCUUUACUUCCCGUUUCCCCGACGGCAUCAAGACAUCCGGCCAGCACGCGCCGCUGUACGACUUGCUGCGUCCGUACGAGCAGUUCCCGAAACACAUCACGGGACCUACAGUAUGGAAGGCAGAAGACUACAAAGACCAGCCCGGGCGCUGGACGCAUCGGUUCACGCCCGAGCAGAUUGAAGAGCUGAGCGAUGCCGCUGAUGCCUUUUUGGCAAACGGUCUCCCCUUGACUGGUAUCUCAAAGGAAACCUUCCCCCUCCCGCACCUCUCCGCCUUCCUCGAGUCCGUGCGCUCCGAGCUCGUCGACGGCCGGGGCUUCAUCCUCUUCAAAGGCUUCCCGACAUGGGCCUGGGGCAACCACAAGUCCGCCGUGGCGUACAUGGGCCUGGGCACGUACCUAGGCUACUUUGUCAGCCAAAACGGCCGGGGCCACGUGCUCGGCCACGUCAAGGAUCUCGGCGAGGACCCGACCCAGAUCGAUAAAGUGCGCAUCUACCGCACCAACGCGCGCCAAUUCUUCCACGCCGACGACGCUGAUCUCGUCGGGCUGCUGUGCAUCGCGCGGGCCCUCGAGGGCGGCGAGUCCGACAUUGUCUCCUCCCAUCACGUCUUCAACGUCCUGCAGGCCGAGCGGCCCGACGUGGUGCGCACCCUGACGGAGCCUAUUUGGUAUUUUGACCGCAAGGGCGAAACCUCCCGCGGCCAAGACGACUAUAUCCGCACAAGUGUGUUUUAUCUCGAGAAAGGAGAAAACGGCAGGGUAUAUACUAAAUGGGACCCCUACUACGUCCGGUCCCUCACGCGCUUCUCCGACGCGGGAAUCAUCCCGCCGCUAUCCGCGGCGCAGCAAGAAGCGCUACAAGUCCUCGAGCAAACGUGCCUGCGGCUCGCGCUGCACAUGAUUCUCGAGGUGGGCGAUAUCCAGUUCGUGUCGAACAGCCAGGUGCUGCACGCGCGCACGGAAUACAAAGACCACCCGCCGACCUCGUCGUUCCCGCGGCGCCACUUGAUGCGCCUGUGGCUGGCGACGCCCGAGGGCGAGGGCGGCUGGAAACUGCCGUUCCAUGAUAGUUUCGAGAAGAAGAGAGGAGGGAUCCAGGUGGAUGAUACGCCGCCGGUUUGUCCGCUGGAUGCGGAAUAGCCUUUUUUAACCGCUUUAUUUUUUAUAUCAUUUCGAGCUUUCGGUUAAGAAGAAAAUCAUUUUAGGGAUAUCGGAUAUUGGGAGCGGGUUGGGUUUUUAGUUUUUUUAUUGGGAGUUCUGUUAUGGCUGG